AAAGGCUUAAGACAAGAAAAUGAAACAUAUUGGGUUUGAAGAGGCUAUGCAAAUUAUAGAAACUGAUAAAUAUGCCCAAUUUGAAAAAGUGACAACAACUAAACACAUUGUUCUUUCUCCAAAGUACCUGGGUCGUGUUAAAACUGGAAUAGUGGAACAGCUGAAUUCAGAGUUGAAUUUUUCCUCAGAAAGCUUGGAUGGUAUUCUUAUUGCGUACAGCAAUAUUCAUCUUCUACAAAGACUAGGACAAAUAUUAGAUGAACAGCCCUACAUCCAUUUAAACAUUCAAGCAGAUUUUAUUGUGUUCAAGCCUAAGGUUGGCUGUUUACUUCGCGGUGUGGUGAACAAAGUUAGCAAGAAUCACAUCGGUUGCCUCGUUCACAACUGCUUUAAUGCAUCCCUGGCAUGUCCUGCUCAAGCAACAAAAGGAUGGAAUGGUCAGAACAUGGCUGUCGGAGAGGAGUUCAUUUUCCAAGUAACACAUGUUUACAGACACAACAAGUUUCUCUCCAUAAAAGGCAAACCAACAGAUCAAGGAAUCUUGGAAAGGUCAAGUAAGAAACGGACCUGGGAUGAAGUGGACCAUACUACUGAAGAUACCGUGAACAUGGAAACAGCAGAUAGUCAUGACAACACAGAGAAAAAUGUUACCACUAAACAUAAAUCCAAGAAAAAGAAAAAGCAUCGUGACAAGGGAGAUAAUCAGAUGGAUGAAGGUAUAGAUGUCUCCUCUCAACAAUCUAGUGAGCACGAGAUACCACUUUCUCACAAAAAACACAAAAAGAAGAAAAGCAAGAAAGAAAAGUCUUAUUCCUCCAAUGACAAUGAGGCUGGUGAGAAUGAUCUUCUGACAAAGAGUCCCGACAGCAAUUUACUCUUCAAUGAGGAUAUUGUGGCCUCCACCAAAAUGAAUGGUACACUAGACAUUUCUGGGGUGCAUUUCUUAGAACAAUCACCUUUAGGUAGCAGUACAUGUAAAAAGAAGAAGAAAGACAAGAAGAGGUCUAGGAAGUCAGAACAAGAUCCUGACAAACCAUGUGAGGGCGCUGAGGAGUCCUCUAAUAUAGACAUUUUAACAAGAAAUGUAUUGACAGUCGGAACUGAAUUACCACAACCAGCGGUGACAGACAAUGCUCAGCAAGCCUCCCCUUUGUUGUUUUCUAGCCAAGAAACUGUUAGUAAGAAACAUAAAAAGUCCAAAAAACAUAAAAAGAAGAAGGGUGAUGAUAUCUAGCCUGUGUUAUCUUAAAAUUAGUUUUAUUAUCCAGAAAUUUUCAGCUACUCUGUUACAAAGGGUCAAGUAAGUUUAUGCCCUGGUGUAAUAUCUAUUAUCCUCUCUCACCUGUUACAUGUAGGACUGCAUGAAGAAGUGGAUCUCUUUUGUUGCAGUUGUUAAGGAGGUAGAAUCACAUUGGAGGACUGAUAGAAAAAUACUAUUGUUAAAUAAAUAUUUUCAUGGGGUUCAAGUUUAGUGAUUUCACAAGGAUUCCCUUUUCAUGGACACAUGAUUUAAUGGAUGAUUACCACUAAAUUAUCAAAAUAUUACCUACUUAUACUUAUGUUAUAAGUUCAUGGACAUAUGAAUUCAUGGAUCAAAAGUACCGUUGUAAUCAAUGAAAAUAAAUCCUCACAAAAAUUAAUGAUUUUUACAGAAAUUAAGUGUUAAAAUCCUGUUUCUUUAGUAUGUACACUGGUAAAGGGUUUAUACUAAGGUAUAGAAUAUCUUUUUGUGAAAAGUCCAGGUUUAAGGAGGCCAAGACAGUAAACAUUUAAAUCCUUUACCAAUGGGACCACUGAAGAUAUUGUCAAUAUGUUUUGGAGUCCAAGCUUCAUGAAAUAAUGAGCAAAUCAAGUUCCCUUGUAUAUCCUCAACAAAGAUUUGCUUUUACAGAUUGGAAAAGUUAAGAGAUAUAAUAUAUUCAUGCAACAUAAACGUCACAGAAUGUAAUGUAGGCCCUUUGGGACUCUUGUUAAUUGUUGUAACUGAAUAAAUGCUUUAAUGAAA